AUGUCGGACUCGGAGCUACGUAAGCUUGACAAGCAGAUUGCUGAUCUAAUGCAGCAGAAAGCGGCAUUGCAGUUGCGUCUUGAGCGUAACUUUGCAAGUAAUACACGCACGAAGCAAAUGAGUGCUGAGGUGGUAGACAGCAAUCCGUACAGUCGUUUAAUGGCGCUCAAGCGUAUGGGAAUUGUCAAUAAUUACGAAAAAAUCCGCGAUUUUUCGGUCUUGAUUGUAGGGUUAGGGGGGAUUGGUUCGGUGGCAGCAGAGAUGUUGACGCGCUGUGGUAUUGGUAAACUUAUUAUGUAUGAUUACGAUACAGUUGAGAUUGCCAAUAUGAACCGGCUCUUUUUUCGACCCGAACAGGCUGGUCUGACCAAGACGGCGGCUGCUAAACAGACAUUGUAUAGUAUUAAUCCAGACGUUGUUUUUGAAGACUAUACAAUGGAUAUCACAACGACGACCAACUUUGACCAGCUGUUGGAUCGGAUACAGCAUGGAGGUGUAGAUGGCUCGAGCAAGAUCAAUUUAGUCUUGAGUUGUGUAGACAAUUAUGCAGCACGUACAGCGCUGAAUCAAGCGUGCAAUGAGCUGAACCAGGAGUGGAUGGAAUCGGGGGUGUCGGAAGACGCUGUAUCGGGCCAUAUUCAGUUUUUGCUACCUGGACGUACGGCGUGUUUUGAGUGUUUACCGCCCCUUAUUGUGGCCAGUGGCAUUGACGAGUCCACGCUCAAGCGUGAAGGAGUUUGUGCAGCCUCAUUACCGACAACCAUGGGACUGGUGGCUGCUCUGCUUGUGCAGAAUGUACUGAAAUACCUCCUCGGGUUUGGACAAGUGUCGUACUACUUGGGCUACAGCGCCAUGAAAGACUUUUUCCCAUCUGAUAUGAUGCGUCCAAACCCCGAGUGCUCGAACGCGCAGUGUCGUAAACAGCAAGCUGUGGCUGGACACGUUGGCUGGACUCCAGUGGUUUGGAAGGCGCUUGGUCACGAUGGUCAGGAAAAGCAUGUUGUGGAACACGAUGACAAUGAGUGGGGGAUUGAGCUCGGUGGGGACGAUGCUGCUGGAGUCAUGGAAGCUUCUGCUGUAGAGACUGCAAAACUAGCGUCGGGUCUUUCAUUUGCGUACGAUCAGUCUGAUGUGGCACCUGCAGCGACUACUGUUGAGGAUCAGACGACUUCAGUAGCGGACGCGGACACAAGUUUGGAGGAUCUGAUGGGACAAUUAAAGUCCCUUUAA